CACUCACAACCCUGCUGCAUCUCUCUCUACUGUCGGGAACUGUACAGAUGAGGAGAAACAUUCCCGAUGGAGUGGAAUACACUUCAAUACAAUUCCAAACUCUGUAACAUUAGUGCAUUGUUUUAGGAGCGGAUGAAAAUCUCAUAGACAUCACAAUGAAGAUUUCUUUCUAAAACGGUAAACGGAUUUGCCUUCUCUAAACAGCAUCCUUUCGGGAAAGACAGAAUUUGCGCAGUGUGCUAUGAUGGAAUAUCGUCGGAAAGGGCUUGCGGGGAUUUCCAUAAGUUUGACUUGUGGUAAAUAACUUGGAUUGGGAACCGCGCGUCUCCGGCGACUCAACGCGUAAUUUUGGGAUUUAAAGGGGUUCUUUUGGUUCCGCUGGAUAUUUAUUAUGAAACCACGGCGUGUGUGAUUUUGUUUUGAGGAGAACUGAAAGACAUGAUCAGUGGUCAGUUAGGAGAGACUGGCAUCAACGGAUACGAGGAAGAUUUCCCGCGUCUGUUCUGCGGUGGAAGGCUACAGGCGGGAACGUGCGCGUUAGAACCGAAACAUCUGAAGGGAACGCGUGCGAUGCCGUUUCGGGUGUCGGGCGGUAGAAAGCUGUAAAACCUGUGGUCAGGAGUUGACUGAGACGCGGUGAUGGGCUUUGCCAUGAGGCACCGCUGGUUUAUGGUGCCACUGCUAAUGCAGGCAUGGUUCUCCGCCACCCCCUGCUUCGGUGAUCGUCCUUGCCCUCGAAGUUGCCGAUGCGAUGGCAAGAUCGUAUACUGUGAGUCCAGCGCAUUCCGCGAUGUCCCUAAAAACCUCUCCGGUGGCUGUCAGGGCCUAUCCCUGCGAUAUAACAGCUUGGCAAGCUUAAAAGCCAGCCAAUUUGUUGGCCUCAACCAGCUCAUUUGGCUGUACCUGGACCACAACUAUAUUGCCAACGUGGAUGCCCGCGCCUUCCAAGGCAUACGGAGACUUAAAGAGCUGAUAUUGAGUUCUAACAAGAUCACGCUGCUUCAUAACACCACUUUUCACCUGGUACCAAAUUUGAGAAACCUGGAUCUCUCUUAUAACAAGCUACAAGCUCUACAGCCGGGUCAGUUCCAAGGACUACGCAAGCUGCUGAGUUUGCAUCUCCGAUCCAACUCCCUUAAGAACCUCCCCUCUCGCCUUUUUCAGGACUGCCGUAAUCUGGAGUUCCUCGACCUCGGCUACAAUCGCCUCCGCAGCAUCACCCGUAAUUCAAUGUCGGGCCUGACCAAGCUGACGGAGCUGCAUAUCGAGCAUAACCAGUUCUCCAAAAUCAACUUCUUCAACUUUCCUCGCUUCUCUAAUCUACGUGCUCUUUACCUGCAGUGGAACCGCAUCCGGACCAUGAGCGAAGGCCUUACGUGGAUUUGGACGUCGUUGCAGAAACUGGACCUUACAGGAAAUGACCUCCAGGAGAUAGAUGCAGAGGUGUACCGGGCCAUUCCCAACCUGCAGACGCUCAACCUGGAUUCAAACAAGCUUAUCAAUGUGUCUCAAGAGGUCGUGGAUGCCUGGGCCUCUCUCACCACUAUAAGUCUGGCUGGAAACAUGUGGGACUGUGGAGCGGUCGUGUGUCCUCUAGCAGCCUGGCUACGAACCUUCCGUGGAAACAAGGAGAUCAAUAUGAUAUGUGCAUCGCCAAAAGAAGUUCAAGGUGAAAAGGUUAUGGACGCCGUCGACGCCAGUGGAGUUUGCAGGAUUACCUCUGCUACGGCAUCGACGGUCAUCAUUCCCUCCGUCCCAUUCGUCGCCUUCGCCCAAACGCCAGCCAGCUCUUUUGUCCCGACACUCAAAGCCAGAGAUAGUAGAAGGGGCCAAGGCACUUCCUUGAAAGACGCAACCUCCUCAGCGCCUUCUCAGCCUGCUGUCCCACCUCCCGAGCAAGACUUCGAGCCAGUUUCCUUCCACAAGAUAGUGGCAGGCAGCGUUGCCCUCUUCCUGUCAGUAGCCAUGAUACUCUUGGUAAUUUACGUCUCCUGGAAGCGUUACCCCAGCAGUGUUAAGCAGCUGCAGGAAAACUCGGCUGCAGCUCGCAAACGUCGAAAAAAGUCACGGGAGACGGAACACACGCUCAGCACGCCCUUGCAGGAGUACUAUGUGGACUACAAGCCUAAUAACUCUGAGUCCACGGACGUGCUGGUCAACGGUACCGGACCUUGCACCUACACCAUCUCCGGCUCUAGAGAAUGUGAGGUGCCUCACCAGAUGAGCACGCUGACCUUCUACAGGUACGAGCAGCCCAUCGUGGACUACUGCCAGGCCCAUCAACCCCUGCGGCUAAACAUGAGCUACGAGGGUCCCCCGCAAAGCAUGGAGGGGCUAGAGGAGCUUCCCCCUCGAGAGCGGAGCACCAUCCAGGCUGUAGCCCUUCCCGCCGUGCCCACCCUCAACACGGCCCCCCCGGGGCCCUGCUCCCCACCCAGCCAGAGAGCUCCCGUUGAGGGGCCCAGCAUCUCUUAUCCCACCACAGAACGCUCGGUUAGCUAUCCAACGACAGAACGUUCCACCAGCACUCUCACUUUUAGACGCUAGCGGCCCCUCUCGGAAAGCAAGGCAUGAUGGGUAAUUUAAAAGAGGCUGUGCUUGGGUGGUGAUCAACAUUCCACCGUCUAUCCGCAGCGGUGCGACUCAAACUGUGUAUACUGCUGCGGUAUCUUCUGUGCUUACUGUUUCUCACGGACAUAGAGAUGUGAAGAACAUUCCCACAAUGUUGCUGGAGGAUCCUGUGUACGGUACACUUCCAUUGUGGAGUGUAGUGUAUCCUGGAAAAUGGGAUUCCAUGUCUUUGUCCAUUUUUCUUUGUUCCCAUUCAAAGGCGCUUGCUAUUUUUUUGUUCUCCCCGUCCUGCUCAAUGGCAAAUUGAAAACCGGUGCAACGUGCAUGAGUCGUUAAACGUGGUUUCGUUUGCAUUCAGCCCCUGCUCUGUACCGACGGGAUGCCUCCACUGUGGAGCAGAUAAUGGUGAUUCUCCCAUGCGGAGUGAGGAAUUAAAAGGAAAGAGGAAUUAAAAAGGAAUGUGCAAAAAACAGGGUUUUUGACUAGAGAGAGAGAAUGAAGAGAAGCAUAUUAAUGUUCAGCUCUAAGGCCUCUCACUGUUAUUUUCAUUUAGUUGCCAGGGAGCGUCCAUAAAUGCACCGCAUUAUUCGAUUAUGAAGACAGAUCUGUCCAGACAUGAGCAUGGAAGAUCUUGAGUAUAAAUAAAGCAUUCAUUAAAAUCUAAAUGAAGAUUCACACAGCAAGGUCUUUCAGUGUGCACAUGUACCAAAGAUCAGGCUUCUUUAGAUGUACAUAUAGCUUGUGUUUCUUUUCAGAAUAUAAUCAAACAACUGAAUCUGUACGCGUACUAUGACGUUCGGACCUUUGCCAUUCAUGACAGACGACAUUUUGCCUGGUUUUUUUUUCAGUUCAGUUAGCACUGAAAACCAGAAUUGAAGCUUUCAGAGAAACUUUGUGUUCCUAGUUUACCUGUUUUACUUACGGUGUGUGUGUGUGUUUGUGUGAAGGUAAAGGGUAAUAAACCUUCUGUUUGUGUGCAUGUUGGAGUCACCGUACUCUCCAACCAGAAAUGUAUUCUACUCAAAUAAGCGAACACAUUAUACUUGUAUGCGUCACUUUGUUAACAAAUAGCGGGCAAAUGUCGGUGUCAUUAAAUGUUUGGAUAUUCAGGAAGCUAUUUUUAAAUAUGUUGACAGCUAAGGAGUUUGAGCAAACAAGAUUAUUUUAAAAUUGUUGUUCCUGUGUGGUUGUAGUGCAAUGUCCGCUAUAGUGCCCCUUAUGGCUACGCUAAGAAUGAAAGUGACAUUUCAGAACUUAACAGUACUGUACGUGAAGACUAACGUGCAUAAAAAGUGUUCAUUUACUUGCGUAGAAUGUGUUUCAGAGUAAAAAAGCUCAUCCUAACCCAAAUUCAAAUGACUUCCCAAUGAUCUAAUGAAAAUGAAGGCUUGAACCUUUAAUGAGGGCCUUCCGAAAUUUGUAUUUGCAUUUGCUUGUUUUUCUUAGUGAGUUGAGUUCAUGUAGAGAUGGUCAGUAACCUCAGGUCAUUUAAUCUUAAAAAGAGAUUUUCUGACUCCAGAUGUCACUUAGCAAAGAAGCUACACAGAUGAAAUUGCUACAAUUGGAUGAAAUGGCAAGAAUUACAUAUAGAAGAGACCAGGGGCAAUUGUAACUCAUGAUUUCAUUUUUAUUCUUCAUAAGACGCCUUGUAUAAAUGUAUUCUGGUAUAAGAUAAAUAUGUGCCAACAGUUACACAUUUAUAUUUUUGUUUACAUUUUCAUUAUUAUUUGCAUUACAUUAAACAUAUUUACUUUAAAUCGAUUACAAAAAAGGGUGAAGUUUGGGGGCAACUAAAAAUGUAUUAAACUUACAAUAUUAAUACUUAAAAUAUAUCAACUCACUGUACGUCUAUCUUUAUAACAGCACACAUCUACAUAAAAAUGACAUUGCUUGAAUUUAACUGAAAAGUUUUUGCAUGUAUGAUGUGCUAAUUUAUUCAGCCGAUAGAUAAUGGUUGCUUAAUGCAAAUGUCUAAGUGGGACCAACAUUAUAAUUAUUUGCAAUAAGUAUAAAUCCUUUGUCCUUGUGUUUUUACCAGCAGGAUAUCUUUUUUAAUAAUAUUAUUAUUUUGGGGAUUUAGUCAUACAAUUUCCGUUUCAUAUUUUGUGUCACAGUUGCCCCUGACCUCACCUACCUGAAAAUAAUUAUUACAUUAUAAAUAAUGCGUAUUAUAUUAUAAAUCAUUAUUUGUUCCCAGUAUCUAAGUCUCUUCAAUCCAGCUCAUUUGUGAUUACAAAGUGACUUUUGACUCUAUUUUAUUUGUCUGCAUUCCCCAAGAGAUCAUCAACCUUUUCAACAAAUAUUAUUGUAUGACUUUGACAUACAGUCAUCACAUUACAUAACAUGUCUUAAAAAGCUUCACAGUUCCCAAAUCACACACCACAGUUUACUGUCAUUACAAAUCAUUGUCUAAUCUUUUAGAUAUUGUGUUUCUCUGACCCUGAAAAUGGACUUACGAAUACAAACAAAUAUGGAAUUAUUGCCUGUAAACUGAUUUUUUCACCCAGCGUGCCUGUGUGUGUGGACUUCACACAAUGAAUGUGGACAUGGAACCUCACCAUCGGUCAAUGUGGACACCGCUACGUUCAUUCAAAUCUCAACUUGUUCAGUGGAAGGCUCCAGAACAAUGACAGGGGGUGACAUCAUCACCUGUGUUUUUCAGGAGCCGUGGUGACCGCUCUGGCCACAUCCCCAAGGUUGGUGUGUUCAGCCUUGCUAGUAAUGGGAACAGAAUCAACCGGAAUGCUCCACAAAGACGUGGAGAGGAAAGAAACUGAUGUCAUGGCGAGAGAAGCGCCGCUGUCCGAUCGUAUAGACAUUUGGAAGUGUUUCCUGACAGCCGUCGACUCUUCUUCAUAUGUUUAUCUUGUAAAUAGAGAGCAUAAAGAAACAUAUUGUUAUGCUUCUUUUGACACACGUUUGUGAAACGGACAGAUCCUCAGCUGUUUAAACGCGCAUCUGAUCAAAGAUUACGCUUGUAGAGAGACUCAAUAUGACCCCUCAUUUCCAAGAUUGAUAUUUUUCUAUCUGCUGUUUGUAUUAAGUUCCUCAUCUCACAGCCUUGGUAGAUUUUCAGCUUCUUUGUAUCCUUUCCUCACCGAUAUUUGUCAUGUACUCGUUUUGAAAAUCGAAAGGAGGAUAUCCAUACUCAUUUUAUUGUGAUAUUGACUUUGAUUCUUGUAUGUGCUCUAAUCUGAUUCGGCACUGGCCUUCAAUCUUUCUUCUUGGAUUAAAUUUUCUAGCAUUCAGGCAAAUAAUAUCAACUUGUUCAGUGAGACUGACUUGUAGUUUGCUCCGAGGCUUCAUGCAUGAUGUAUCGGGUACAUUGGCUUGAUGUCAUUAGGAAAAUGCUAAUAGGGUUACCUGCCCACUGCAUUUCAAUUCUAAGUAAGUUGCGAGAACUUUACAACCUCAUAAAACGUUCCUCACAGCGAAGCAUUAGCUCAGUGCCAUUGUUUCAGAAAAUCCAUACGUAGACGAUGUUGUUUAGGGGGAAAGACGGAAAUAAAAUGAUUAGAAAGAUAUAAUAUUUAUUUGUAUCAAAUAGAAAUGAUUAUAUUCAAAUCUGAUUAUAUAUUUGAGCGCGCUAGGAUUAUUUGUUUGAGGGGGUAUCAGUUUGUCCACUCGGCACACAGCCGUCUAUUCAGAAAUUCAUCAUUUGAAGAUUUUUACGUUCCAAACUAAUUAACUAGAAAUGCCUGCGAUAGCAUCCAAUCACAUCUGCUAUUUGGAUGAGUUAGCUUGACUAGAUCCCCUAAGCCAUCAUUCAAAGCAAUGAUUCACCUCCUCCACAAAAUGUUCAAUCUUGAACGCUUAUGUAAUUUCCUCUCUCCGUAAUUCUGCAAUAUACCUGCAGAAUGUGCUUCUCCACGUUUCCUUUUUUGGUCUCUUGAUACAGUCAUCAGUUAACCAAGCAACCGUGAGCCGUUUUGUGCACGGAGCUUUAGGAUGUAAUUUUGCUAAUGUAGUAACAAUUUGCUGCUGCGGUCAUUUACGUAAGACGCGACGUUUGUUUUCCAUCACGCCCAUGCAUCUUUGCUUGCGUUUCGCAUUUCCUUUACGAGCAUUCGAAACGUUGGGUGCCGUGAUUUGUUUUUAAUGUUUACGAAGUAAAACAUUCAUUUUCCAAACAAACCGUCAAAUAAACAUGCUAUUAACACUGAAGAGAGCAAACAAGCCAGAUGCUUAUUUUACAUUUUCCAUGCAGGAUGUCCCUCAUAACACUGGUUGUGGGUGUAAUUCACUAAUAUUCAAAGACGAUUCAGUUCAUCCACACGAAAGCUGAAAAACUGCUAGUGCUAGGAAAAAAACAAAACUCCAAAGAGAUGCCCGUUCGUUUUUUGGUUGGUUUGUUUUUAUUUCCGUUGUGUUUUGGGUGUCUGUUGGGAACACAUUAUUCCCUCAAGGCUUGGUUUUAAAUGAAGGCAGCAGACUUUCUUACUUCGUUUUUAAUUCUCAAAGAAGUGUCUAAUGUACAUAUCCAGAAGGACGAGAAAAAGCCACAACAGAAGGAAACCGAGCUAAUCGGCCAUUUCAUUCCCCUCUGCCGCACAGCAGUAUACUACAAAAAUUGGGGCGAAAGUCUUGUGAGGACCUACGUGCAAACACAUACAUCUGCUCAUCUGUGCAGACACUGGAGAAGAAGAAAAAACCUUGCUUAUCUCCAGGCUUGCACAUGGCUUAGGUAGCGGCGUUGUCAGUCUGUGGGGGUUGGCCCAUGGGGCUAACAUCUGCUGCUUUUGUGGACUUGGCUUUGUCACCAUACUUAUUCUCUGUCUACUAAAUCUGCCACAUUCAGCCAGAGCUCCAGCCCACGAAACUCUCUAAACAUUGAGUGGCGUGAUUUGGUUAUAACUGAAUGCUGGACAAAAUGGACAGACAAAUAUUGGAACGAAGACCCGAAGGCUCCGUUCCAAACUCUAGUGAGCUGCCCUGCAUGCUUGAAGACAGCAUCUUAUCAUUCAUGAAACAUCAUAAUUGAUGGAAUUGAAACACGGAACAUAGGCAGCAAAUACAAAUAGCACCACUUACACAAAGCACACAGGAGACUGGACUCGUAGUUGAUUUUAAUGGAGUUUAGCACUUUACAAAGAUAAUGGCGCAAUACCUUAGAACAGUCAUUCUCAACAGGGGGGCAUGGCCAACAGGGGAGGCCGCAGAUUUUCAAGGGGGCCUCAGAUUGAAAAAAAUAAUUUUAAAUUAGUCUAAAUGAUAAUUGAACUAAAAAACUAAAAUCAAGAUAUCUCUUAUUAUUUGGCUAUUCUUAUAACGAAUAUGUGUAUGUCCUGUUAAUGUCAAACUGUCAAAUAAAAUAUUGGGUUGAAAUGUUGAGUUUUUGUUGGAGAUUUGAAUAUUGAGUAUUGUUGAAUACAAAAUAAAUAAUUUGUAUUUAAAAAUACAUACGACACAAAUGUUCUGCUACUAUUUGUCCAGAUAUAUUUCUAAUUCUAUAUAACUAUUGUUAUUGGUAGCAUUGAAAAUAUAUUAAUUAGACAUUUAUUUAUUUUAUUUGUUUUCUUUUUUAUUCAACUUUGUUUUCUCAAUGAGUAGAAAACAAAACUAAAGUUGGCAAAUAUUGAAUGCAUUAUCUUAGAAGCAUCACUUUUUGUGAUUUAGACACAAAAAACUUUAACUGGGUUUUCAAAGGCCGGGUGAAAAAAAGUAUUUUAUAAAAUAGUCCAAUUUUUGUUUCAUGAGCAUGUCUGUGAUACCCGAAAACACUGGCAGUUCACUAGUUUUUGGAAAAGUCUGAAUAGUUCAUUUCAAAUUUACCAAAAGGACUGUAUUACUGGGAUCUGGUCAAUAUCGCAGGAUCAAAGUCACCUUAAAUCUGCUAAGAGCAUGACUUUAGAGACUUUACAGUAAGAGCCAUAUUUAAUUGCACAUGAUCGAGGCUGUUCUAGAUCGAAUACUGUAUGUCUGUUCAAGGGACAGUCUAGAUCACAUCAUUUAUCAACCCAAGUCUUCUGGAGUGUUUCGCCGAUUGACAUUUUUGCCCAACAACUGACACCCAGACACAUGAUAGCAUGAACAGACUGCAUUCCAUACCAUACAGAGUUGUUUGCUUUUUAAAUAGAGCUUGUUGAAUCACAUCAUUCAUCCUGAUGGUGAAAUGUAUUGAUCGGUUUCGCUCUGUGUAGUUUUGGUUCGUUUUGUAUUGACGUUCGCUGUCAGUCAAAAGCUUGUACACACUUCUGAAUGUGUGCUUCUCUAUAAACAAUUAUAAACACAUAUUUUGUUUCAGAAACAAGUUUUAAUGGAUCAGUCGGACCGUGUUAUGAUGGAGAACAAGUCUAGUUUACUGGGGUGUUUAAAAAGCAUCCCAGAAUGCACCUGCAUGUUGUUAGCUUUAAAGAUGCUAAACAGCGAAAUAGCUUUGACACUUUUUGUUCACUAAAUGGUUUUCAUAAUUUCAUCUUUUUCGCUGUUUUGAAGUUGCGAUUUGUAAUGUGGAAGUUAGCAAUAAUAAUGCAAGAAUGUGUGGAGAGUUUUGACUGGUAGUGAACUUGUCGCAGUACCUCCCACGUUUCCACAGUUACCCAGACAUUUCAUACAUUUUUUGUUUUUGUUUUGUCCAUCCAGCAUGUUCAAGGCUGAAGAUUUAUUCUAUUUGUAAAGCAGAUCUCCUUUGUAAGAAAUAACCGAUGCUCAGCCAAGACCUCCAGUUCUAUCUACUGAAGUAAUUUACAGAAUAGACAAGAGCCAUGACAUCACUGCUAAUUGUGCGGAUAUCAAUGAUCAGGGCCGUGAUGAUUUAUGGAGAACUCAAACUAACGAUUCAAGGAAAAUUUUGGCUUUUUUGUGCUAAUUCAUUUUCCCCGUUCAAUAUAUGAAUGGAUUACAUAGGGCAAAAACACAAUGAAAAGCAAUAUUGUCUCAUUUGUAUUCUCCCCUGAGUUUUAACCUUCCAUUUCAUCCCCUGUAGGCCAUUAACUUCUAUAAAAACUCAUGUUUCUCUGGCUUCGCCUGGUCUAAGGUUGUGUUUUUUUUUUCUGUGGGAUGUAAAUAUGCAUUGUUAAAUUCCUUUGGUUAGUUUGCUGUUGUUUUCUUUUGUUUUCAUCUGUACGCAGAUUGAAAACUGUUUUGUGAAGACCUGCUCCAAAUGCAAAAAUGUGGCUCUUUGAGUAUAUUAUUGUCAGAAAAACAAUGUUUUGUAAAAAUUUUGAUGAUGAGACCAGAAAUAAAGUAAU